AAUCUCUAAUUCCACGCGCAAGUCUUUGGAAUAUGCGAUACCCUACUCUCAUAGAUGCUGAUUAGCAAGAAGUGCAGACUCUAGAGGAAUACGAUCCCCGUGUGGCCCUAGUUGGAAAGCCACCUCUACAGUAUUAUUCACGGGAAAAAAAUGGCGUUUUUGCUCUUCUUCUUCAUCUUCUCCUCUCAUUAACUCUCAUUUACCCUCAACUUUCUCUUUCAAUCAUCGCCCUUUUCUUCACCAAAUCAUACGCAAACUUCGCGUAACACAGCGCACAGAUUCGGAUUAAAAUUUACUCUUCUUAUCAACGUAAGUGGCCACAAACGUUUUGAAAUUAGAUUUCAUUGAUUUUGGAAGAAUCGAUCACUUUCCUACUCCAUUCUCUUUGGUUCUUGGUUGAUUUCAGUUUUGCUUGGUAAAUCUUGGGUUUUUAUAUUACACUUUCUGUUUGUUUGAUUAAAUUUAUUGCAUCGGUAAUCGCUUGAUUUGGGGAUGAGAAAUAGAAAUUCACACGUCUUACUUUCUGUGUGAAUGAUAUACACGGAUGUGUUGUAGUCGCGUUAGGGUUUUGGAGGAAUCAACACUGGAAAUCGAGGAGACACAAGUCGAAAUGGAUAGCCCUACUGCAGUAACUACCCCUCCAGAUUCAGUUCCUACUUCGAAUGACGAUCAACCUCGGUUAAAGUUUUUGUGUAGUUUUAAUGGCAGCAUAUUGCCUCGUCCACAAGAUGGGAAACUUAGAUACGUUGGUGGAGAGACACGGAUUGUGAGUGUUCCACGAGAUAUCAAUUUUGAAGAACUGAUGGGGAAGAUGAAGGAGUUGUUUGAUGGAGCUAGCGUAUUGAAAUAUCAGCAACCAGAUGAGGAUCUCGAUGCUCUUGUUUCCGUUGUGAAUGAUGAUGAUGUCACAAAUAUGAUGGAAGACUACGAAAAGUUAGGUUCAGGAGAUGGAUUCACUCGCCUUCGGAUCUUCUUGUUCUCAAGCAUCGAACAAGAUGAUUCAAUACAUUUUGUUGAGAGAGAUGAAAGGGACAAUGAAAGAAGAUAUGUUGAUGCUUUAAACAGUCAUAAUGACUUCCCUGAAGUUCAAGGAAUGACUCCAGUGGAUGAUGUUCAGUUGAUAGAUCAGUACUACAAUCAGUUGAACAUAGACAAUAAUCUUCAAAACCAGAGGAAUUUUGAGAUGCCAAUGAUGGGAGUUAACUUGCGCCAUGUAAACAUCCCUCACCAACACUCUCCAACUCAAAAGUAUCCUGACAUGGAGUCACCAUGGAGUCCUGCAUACUAUUCUCCAAGACAUGAAUUCCCGAAUUCGCCCUCCUCUUCACGUUACCAUUCUCCUUAUACUGAUCAAGUUGAUAGAGUUCCUCAAGAAGAUUAUUUCAGGCAACAACAACAUUUCAAUCAUCAACCUCAGUAUGAUCAACAGUCUCCAUUACCACAGAAUCCUGUAUGGAUGCCACCAACAAACGGUUUUCCUGGUAAUAUUCUUCCAAUAAAUGAAGCUCUGGAUAUUCCUAACAUAGGGAAUGGUUUUCCUCAUGUUGCUGAAGGUGGAAUUUGGCAUGGAAAUUAUCCAAAUGCUUAUGGGAAUGAGAAUCUUUAUCAUCCAUCAUCACAUGGGCAUGUGCCUCCUAAUGCUUUCUGGAGAAAUGGUCAAACUCCUUCUCAUGGACAUGGACAUGGGAUUCCUCCUUAUGAAGCAUCACAAGAAAAUGGUGCAUGUAACAUAGGAUAUAUAAGGACUAAUAGGGAAUCUAGUCCUAGGAUUCCAGUUGGAAUGGAGAAUCAGAAUCUUUGGGUUGAUUCAUCUCCUAAAGUUACACCCAUUAAUGGUGGUGUUAGUUUUACUGAUCAUUCUUAUGGGCAUCGUAUACCUACUGAACCAGUCCCAUUUGUGCCUCCACCUGUUCAGUUUAUGCCUGAACCCGUUCAACUCAGUCCUGACCCGGUUCAGAUCAUUCCUGACCCGGUUCAUUUUACUCCUGAAAUACUGAGUAACUUAAAGGAAAAAGAUGGUUUUGGAGGAGAAAACUUGAAUCUACCAAUCAAUCAAGUUAAUGGAGAUGAAAGCUCUCAUAAAGACAAGACUCCUUCUCUUAAAAGCGAAGAACAUGAGGUCCAUGAUUUGAGUAAUGCACCUCAAAACAUUGAAUCUGUAAACAAAUCUCAGUUAGAAGGUGCUAAAGAGGUGGAAAUUGAAGCUCAAGAUGAUGUGAAUGAUGCUAAAGUUUGUUUUUUUAUAGGUGAUGUGGACACAAACACAAACACAAACACACAGGUGGAUUUAGAUAGGGAUUCUGGAAGUGACAACCAAAGCAAUUCAAAGAUUGAAGAAACAAAGGCUGAAGAGGAAGCUAAGUCUAGGGGUUUACAGACAAUAAAGAAUGAUGAUCUUGAGGAAAUACGGGAGUUAGGAUCAGGUACAUAUGGAGCUGUUUAUCAUGGAAAAUGGAAGGGGUCAGAUGUAGCAAUCAAAAGAAUAAAAGCAAGUUGUUUUGCUGGAAGGCCUUCUGAAAGAGAACGUUUGAUUGCAGAUUUUUGGAAGGAGGCAUUGAUUUUAAGCUCAUUGCAUCAUCCAAAUGUGGUGUCUUUUUAUGGAAUAGUUCGUGAUGGGCCUGAUGGAUCUUUGGCUACUGUAACUGAGUUCAUGGUUAAUGGAUCUCUCAAACAAUUCUUACAGAAAAAAGACAGAACUAUUGAUCGGCGUAAGAGACUUAUCAUUGCCAUGGAUGCUUCUUUUGGAAUGGAAUAUUUGCAUGGAAAAAACAUCGUUCAUUUUGAUCUAAAAUGUGAAAACCUUCUUGUCAAUAUGAGAGAUCCACACAGACCAAUUUGCAAGAUUGGAGAUCUUGGCCUAUCAAAAGUAAAACAACACACUUUGGUUUCUGGAGGUGUUCGAGGAACAUUGCCUUGGAUGGCACCCGAACUUCUUAGUGGCAAAAAUCACAUGGUUUCCGAAAAGAUUGAUGUUUACUCAUUUGGGAUUGUCAUGUGGGAAUUGCUCACGGGAGAUGAACCUUAUGGAGAUUUGCAUUGUGCUUCCAUAAUCGGAGGAAUUGUGAACAAUUCAUUACGUCCAACAAUCCCAACAUGGUGUGACCCCGAAUGGAAGGCAUUAAUGGCAAGCUGUUGGUCUUCUGAUCCAACCGAAAGGCCUUCUUUUUCACAAAUUUCACACAAGUUAAGAACAAUGGCUGCAGCUAUCAAUGUUAAAUGAUACAAAAAGGACCCAUCAACUUCCAAGAUAUGUCAAAUUCACCCCCCCUGGACUUGGGACUCUUUUGCACCCCUUUUUGGGUCUCUCUUUUGUAUAUAAUACUAUAACUCAGCGACUCGCUAGUAUUAUUGUCGUUUGUUUUAGUAGACAAUAAUAUAUUUAGCAUGUGAAAGUAAAACAUAGAAGAUCAAUUUUUUGAUCUUAUGAUUCCCGAUGUACACAACGUUUUAUAUGGCGUAUGGAGGAAAAUUUGUAUUUUAA